GGGCGGGGGGACCGGCCCGGAGGGGCCCGGCUGUUGUGGGGCCCGGCCGGGGCAGCUCCGGCCCCGCGCGGCCCGGCCCGGGGAGCCCCCGCUGGCACCGGGCGGGGGGACAGGCCCGCGGGGCUCCGUGUCCGGUCAGGCCGCGGCUCCCGGGCCGGGCCGGGGUCACCGCCCCGCUCCCGCUGUCACCGGGGGUGCGACAGGCCCGGGGGACCCUCCUGUCAUGGCGCUGUUCGGUCCCUGACGGGUCCCCUGUGCCCAAGUGUGCCCCGGGCCCGGGGAGUCCCGUCCCGGCUCGGGGAGGCCCCGCUGGCACCGGGGCCGGGCCGGUUCCCCGGUAACCCGGGCUCUGGCGGGGCCCCCCGCCGUCCCUGGGGGUGUCACAGUGCCGGGGGCACCUCCUGUCCCCGGGUGUGUGUGACAGCCCCUGCUCCAUGGGGUGACCCGGCUCGGGCCGGUCCUGUUGUCGCUGGGUGUGUGACAGCCCUGGGUGGGGCUCUGCUGUCACCAAAGUCCACCUGUCAGCGGGUGUGACACCGUGGGUGGCACCUUCCUGUCCCUGGGUGACCGGCCCGGAGAGCUCCUGCUGUCACAGAGCCGGCCCGGGCUGGAGGGGGCCCCUGUCACCUCCUGAAUUACCCCAAACCCACCCAGAGCCUCCCCUUGUCCCUCUGUCCUCGCUCCUCGCUGGCUUUAAAUUCUUUUCUCCGAGCUGCAGAACCCACACUGAAUUCCAGGGGCAAACCCCACAGCCCGGAGCCUUCAUCCCUCCCCUCCAAUCCCCUGCCCACCGCCGGGACCCUCCGCUGCCGCUGGCUCCGGGCGCUGUGGGGGCAGCAGCCCCAUCGCGACGCGUCCCCGCGGUGCCAGGGAGGAGCCGGCUGCUGGUGGCAGCACAUCUGUCACCCUUUUCCUGCUCGGGAGCGCUCCCGUCUGCGCGGCGCCGCCGCCCCGACCUUUGGCAGGUCGACGCACAAUGAGAUGGAGAAGAACAGGCGCGCCCAGCUCCGGCUGUGCCUGGAGAGGCUGAAGGGGCUGGUGCCCCUGGGGGCGGCGGCCGGGCGGCACACCACGCUCAGCCUGCUCACCAGGGCCAGGCUCCACAUCCAGAAGCUGGAGGACCAGGAGCGCCGUGCCCUGCACCAGAUCGAGCAGCUGCAGCGGGAGCAGCGGCACCUGCAGCGGCAGCUGGAGAAGCUGGGCAUGGAGCGGGUCAGGAUCGACAGCAUCGGCUCCAGCCUCUCCUCCGAUCGCUCCGACUCGGACCAAGGUGAGAGCCCGCGCCGGGGCGCGGCCGCGGGGAGCCCUGGCCCUGCCGGAGCCCCAACCCUCCCCGUGUCCCCGGCAGAAGAGAUGGACGUGGAUGUGGAGAGCACGGACGACCUCCCGGCCGACCUGGACUGGAGCAGCAGCAGCCCCAGCGACUCGGACGAGCGCGGCAGCCUGCAGAGCCUGGGCAGCGACGAGGGCUACUCCAGCUCCGGCGGCGCCCGCGCCAAGCUGGCCGGCGGCAGGAAGCUUCCCGUGGGCAUUUAGGGAGCUCUUCCCUCGGGAUCCCGCUAGCCAGCACAGCGACAGCGACAGCGACCCCGCCAGCAUUCCCUGCACGGAAACCCCCGCCGGCCCGCCCGCUCCCGGCGCUCCGCCCGCUCCCGGGGCUCCGUUGGCACCGCCCGCUCCCGGGGCACCGCCCGCUCCCGGGGCUCCGUUUUUUCCCGGGGCUCCGCCGGCCUCUCUGCCCGGGCCGCCCCGCCCCGCUCUGCCCACCCUGGAGCGCCCGGGAAUGUCCCGGCAAUAGCAGCGACCUCAGGAGCCUCCCCUGGGUGCUCCCCAGGCUGUCACUGCCCGGUGCUCCCCAUCUCCUCCAUCCUCAGGAAAAGCUGAGGGUUUUCGGGAGCAGGUUGAAGACAGAGCCGGUGCUUUGUGGAGCUCCCAUCCGCGGGGCCGGGCUGGGAGCGUUUGGGAUCAGCCUCAGUCGGGGCUGCCUCGCCCGACUCUAAACCUUCAGGGACCCCAAGCCAGCCCUGCCCGGCCCCGGAGCGUUCCUGGCUGGGGCAGGCUCAGAGCCGUGGGCUCCUGUGCCACUCCCGGAGCGUGGCACGGCCUUCCAGACCCCUGGAAUUCCCUUCCCAUCCUCUCGGGGACAGCUUCUUCUACCUCGGAGGGAGCCCGGGGCCUCUCUCCACCCCUUCAGCACAAAGAUGAUGCCUCUGCUCAGCAAUAACCCGCGGGAUUCUCCCUCUGCCUCCGCCGGGAUCGGCCCGGGCUCCUGGAGGGGCAGCCCGGGGUUCCCAGCCCUGCUGCGGAUUCGUUCCCCAGCGCACCGGAGGGAGCGUUCCCAGCCCUUCCUGCUCGUGGAGACGCGGAGAGCUCUGCCUCCAGCGCCUUCCCUCUCCCCUCGGGCUGGUCCCGGCGCUUUUCCAGCCCCUGGAGCCGCCCAGGCCGGGCUGAGGGGUCCGGGAGCCUCACGGGGCUGGGGUGAAGCCCCGACCCUCUGCCGGUGCCGCUCAGGAGCUGCAGGUGCUGGGAGGCAGCGAGGGCUCCCUGCAGUGCGAGGGGGCGCACGGGCAGCCGGAGACUCCAGUGCUUCUUCCUUUCCCGUGUCCUUCCCCUUCCCUUCCUUUUUUCUUUCCCCUUUUUUUCCUUUUCCUCUUUAUCCCUUUCCUCUUUUACUUUUCUUGUUUCCCUUUUCUCCUUAUCUUUCUUUUCCUUCUCUUCUUUUCUCCUUUUCUCUUCCCCUUUGCCCCUUUCUCAUUUUCCUUUCCUUUCCUUUCCUUUCCUUUCCUUUCCUUUCCUUUCCUUUCCUUUCCUUUCCUUUCCUUUUUCCUUUUUCCUUUUUCCUUUUUCCUUUUUCCUUUUUCCUCUCCUUUCUUUUUCCUUUCUAUACCCCAGUCCCAUUCCUGGCUCACAUGGGGUAGUGGGAACCCACAGGCCCCACAAGUUGCCCAAAUUCUCCAGGUUCUGGCUCUUUUUUUCCAUGUGCUGGCUCAUAAGAGAAAAAAAAAAAAAAAAGAAAACAAAAAAAGAAAACCAAACCACAAGGAAUUUUCCUUCAAAGCUGCUGGAAUUUUCCACCCUCUGGCAUUGUCACAGACCCUGGGCACCUGAGCUCAACCCCCUGCACCGCCAAAAAGAGGGAAAAAAAGGCCAAAAGGUGGAAAACACAGAGAAAAAGGGG